AUGAUCAAAGGUAAAGAUGUAUACAAUAUUCUUGAGAGUAUCAUGCCCCUAUAUGUGGCCAUGUUAUUAGGGUAUGGAUCAAUUAAAUGGUGGAAAAUGUUCACACCUGACCAAUGUAUUGGUAUAAACCGUUUUGUAGCAAUGUUUGCAGUUCCUACACUUACUUUUAUUUACAUAUCUCCAAUUAAUCCUUAUCAUAUGAAUUGGAGAUUUAUAGUUGCUGACAUACUUCAAAAAAUUGUGACAUUAAUUUGUCUAUUUUUAUGGAACAUUUUCACAAAACGUGAUGGUUUUGAUUGGUCAAUAACAAUUUUUUCACUUAUUAAUUUGCCAAACACACUUGUUGUAGGAAUUCCUCUUUUGAAUGCUAUGUAUGGAGAAUUUACCGUAUCACUUUUGAUCCAAAUUUUGGUCAUGCAAAGUGUUUUAUGGUAUAAUGUUGUAUUGUUAAUGUAUGAAUAUAGAGCUGCUAAGCUUUUUAUUUCUCAACAAUUUGUUGAGACUAAUGAAGGGUCACAAAAGGUUGAAAAUGAAAUUGAAUCAAAUGUUGAUGUAGAAUUGGGAGAAAUUGGUAAUAAUGGUGUCAAGUUAUCUCAUUCAACAUCUAAAGUGUCAAAUCUUACUAGGGUUGAUGCCUUUUCAAGCUACACAAAUAGUCCUCAAAAUAAUGAUUUUGAAGAAAUGUUAGAUAUAUGGAAAAAAUUUCAGAAGAGUAGGAGUUGCACUAGUAUUGGUGGUGUGAAGAUUUCUCCUUACCCAAAUUUAAAAUCAAAUUCAGAAAAAAUCAUUGGCAAAACAAAGAUAAAUUUUAGUGGUCGCUUUGGCACGCCACAAGAAAUUGAAGCAUCAAAAGGUGUUAAUGAAUUGGUUGACAAGAAUUCUAGUGCAAAAGUAAUUGAAUUGGAAGAGCAUGAGAAUGAGGAGAUGCAUGAAGAAGGAAAUGUAGACAAUGAACAACAAAUGCUACCUAGUCAUGACAUGAUGACAAAGCUCAUUCUUGUUAGGGUAUGGAGGAAAAUGUUAAAAAAUCCUAAUCUCUAUGCUGCAGUUCUUGCCAUUGUUUGGGCUUUCAUAGCAUCAAGGUUGGACAUCAAAAUGCCAUCAAUCAUACAUGAUUCUAUUACAAUAAUUUCUCACACUGGACUAGGAAUGUCCAUGUUUAGUCUAGGCAUAUUCAUGGCAUUACAACCCAAAAUCAUUGCUUGUGGAAAAACUUCAGUAACAAUGUCUACGGUACUUAGAUUCUUGGUUGGUCCAUUAUUGUUUGCUGCAACAUCUGCAUCUCUUGGUAUUCGUGGAGUUGUUUUUAAAGUAGGAAUUAUUCAGGCUGCUCUUCCACAAGGUAUUGUUCCCUUUGUUUUCGCCAAAGAGUACAAUCUCCACGCUGAAAUAUUUAAUGCAGCGGUUUCUCUUGGAUUGGCACUUGCAUUCCCUAUAACAAUACUCUACUAUGUGAUUCUUGGUGCUUGACGCUUCUUUUUAACAAGAGAAGGAGAAACAAAUUUUGCUACAUUCAAUUUGACAAGAUUUUUGCGAGUUUGUGAUUUGUCAAUUUCGUAACUACGAAUGUCUUAUUCGUGCAAAAUUUCAAUAAUGUCUAAUGUCAAAAUUGUCCACAUUGUAUGAACAAUUUUGCACGAGUUUCUUUUAGUUUUUUUAUUUUUUAUCAUGUUAUCGUUUGUUUUUUCGGAUACAGACUUUUGCUGAAAUGCACUAGUUUUGUUAUGCAACGGUUGUCAUUAUAUAUAAGAAUAUUAAAUAUAUUUUUUAAGAGCAAAAA